AUGGCUUCUUCCCCUGAAUCUGCUCCUCCAACAAAUUCAACCUCUUCUCCAUCUCCACCGUCUAAUUCCAAUUCAACCUCCUCUUCUCCUCCAUCGCCAUCUCCUCCUUCUCUUUCUCCUCCUCCUCCUACUCAAGGAGACUUGUCCUCUCCUCCUCCUGAUUCCACCUCCCCACCAGCUCCUUCUCCUCCCAAUUCCAACAAUAACUCUCCUCCUCCACCGUCACAGAGAGCUGGAGGAGGCGGCAGUGGAAAUGGUUCCCCACCAUCACGUGGUGGCUCCUCUCCUUCUCCACCCUCUCCACCUUCUAGCAGAUCUUCGCCGUCUGGAGACAAUGGCGGCACUCGCUCCAACAAUCCUCCUUCAAGUGGAAGUGGUGAUACCAGUGGAGACGGAGGUGGAGGAGGAAAUAAUAUGAAUACAGCAAUCAUAGUAGGUGUAUUAGUUGGAGCUGGACUGUUGAUGGUUGUGCUUCUUAUUGUGUGUCUUAGACGCAAAAAGAAGAGAAAAGAUUCCUUCUACGGUGAAUCCAUGAAAGGAAAUCAAUAUCCAUACUAUGGAAACAACAACAACAACAACAAUGCAUCACAGAAUUAUCAAAACUGGCACCUAAAUUCCCAAGGCCGAAACCAACAACCUCCUGGUGGUUGGGGAGGCGGUGGACCAUCACCUCCUCCACCACCGCGGAUGCCUACAAGCGGAGAUAAUUCCUCCUUGUACUCGGGUCCAUCACGCCCGGUACUACCUCCUCCUCCACCAUCUCUAUCCCUCGGAUUCAACCAAAGCACAUUUACUUAUCAAGAGCUUGCGGCUGCAACUGGAGGUUUUGUGGAUUCUAACCUUUUGGGACAGGGAGGUUUCGGUUAUGUUCAUAAAGGAGUGUUGCCUAAUGGAAAAGAAGUUGCGGUUAAGAGUUUGAAAUCGGGUAGUGGACAAGGAGAAAGAGAGUUUCAAGCUGAGGUUGAUAUCAUUAGCCGUGUGCAUCAUCGGUAUCUUGUUUCCUUGGUUGGAUAUUGCAUAGCUGAUGGACAGAGAAUGUUGGUUUAUGAAUUUGUUCCUAACAAUACUUUGGAACAUCAUCUUCAUGGGAAAGGUCUUCCGGUAAUGGAUUUCUCCACAAGGAUGCGUAUCGCCUUAGGUUCCGCGAAAGGUCUAGCUUACCUUCAUGAAGACUGCCAUCCUAGGAUCAUUCACCGUGACAUCAAAUCUGCAAACAUUCUUUUGGACUUCAACUUUGAUGCAAUGGUUGCUGAUUUCGGAUUGGCUAAGUUAACUACUGAUAACAAUACUCAUGUAUCUACUCGUGUGAUGGGAACUUUCGGAUAUCUAGCUCCAGAAUAUGCAUCAAGCGGUAAAUUAACAGAGAAGUCCGAUGUUUUCUCGUUCGGAGUCAUGUUGUUGGAACUAAUCACUGGAAAACGACCGGUUGAUAAUAGCAUCGCCAUGGACGACACUCUAGUAGAUUGGGCUCGUCCUAUCAUGGCUCGUGCGUUAGAAGAUGGAAACUUUAACGAGCUCGUAGAUGCAAGGCUUGAAGGCAACUACAGCCCACAAGAAAUGGCUCGAAUGGUCACUUGUGCGGCUGCUAGCAUUCGUCACUCCGGACGUAAACGUCCAAAGAUGAGCCAGAUCGUAAGAGCAUUGGAGGGAGAAGUGUCACUAGAUGCAUUAAACGAAGGAGUGAAGCCAGGACAAAGCAACAUUUACGGGUUGGCAGCGGGAACAAGCUCGGAUUAUAGUCAGACAUCAUACAAUGCAGACAUGAAGAAAUUCAGACAGAUAGCUUUGUCGAGCCAAGAGUUCCAAAGCAGUGAAGGCGGUGAAGGAUCAUCUAGUAGUGAUUCACGAGAGAUGGGAGUUAAAAGUCCUGCUGCUCCUCCUAAUCAGUGA